AUGGGUCGCUCAGCAAGCCUGUCUCCGUGGCUGGUAUUGGCUUGUGCUGUGUCCAGCGUGUGGGCAAAUAAAAAGCCGUUCAACAUAAAUGACGAUAUUCUGGCUUAUCCCCAGUACCAAAUAACAUUCCCCGAGGAGUAUGUGCUUGAAUCUCAAGCUGAAGCAUUGCUCCAGUCCCAAGCCAGCCCUAGCCCCAAUGACCAGAACAACCCCCAAGUUUACAUAGGCAAGGAUAAAACAGACUUCACCAGCCACCACGAACAUGUGACUGGAUCUUUAUUCACCUACGAAGAAAUGAUACUCGAGGACCGGCGACUCCUCUGUCAGAUCCCGCGUGUCAUGAAUGACGACCAUAAUACGACGAGAGACAAGGAGAAUAACAAGGCCGAGGAGCAGAAGGAACUGGCUCGCGCAACAGAUCGUGGUCUGGAACUCCUACGUGAAAUGGAAGGGAGAUGUAUGUACUAUUUCUCUGGCUGGUGGUCCUACUCCUUCUGUUAUCAGAAGCAGAUCAAGCAGUUUCACGCGCUCCCCGCUGGCCGCGGCGUCCCCAAUUAUCCACCCAUCGAAGACACUACAACGCAUUCCUUUGUCUUGGGAAGAUUUAUUGGUGACAAGGCCGGGGAAGAGAAACAAUCUUCUAGAACGGAUGUGGCAGAGCUUCACACCAAGGGUGGCUCGCGGUACUUGGUCCAGCACCUGCGUGGCGGGACCAAAUGUGAUCUAACGGGGCGCGAGCGCAAGGUUGAAGUGCAGUUUCAUUGUCACCCACAAUCGACAGAUCACAUCGGUUGGAUCAAGGAGCUCACCACGUGCUCUUACCUAAUGGUGAUCUAUACCCCUCGACUAUGUGACGACGUUGCUUUUCUACCGCCACGGCAGGAUGAGGUACACACCAUCGAGUGCCGUGAAAUCCUGAUGCCCGACGAAGUCACCAAGUGGGAAGCUAUCAAAGAGUGGUACACGUCCAGCCAACUGGCCGAUACAGCUACAGGUGCGGAUGCGGAUGCGGAUGUCGCCCAAUCCGAGCGCCCGAUUAUCGGAGGAAUCGAAGUUGGAGGCCGCAAACUUGUUGGCAUGGAGGGCAAGGUAAUUGAAAAGGGGCGUGUGGCAUCCGCAGGCGAGGAGCGAGUGGAGGUGGUUGCGAAACGUGAGAAUGGCGAGAUUCGGAAAAUGUCCAAGCAGGUUCUGAAAAAGUACGACAUCGACCCGGAGAAACUGGAAGAGAUGAAGAAUCUAUUGGAAGAACAAGCCGACGGCAAAGACUGGACGCUAGAGGUUGUGGAAAGCAACGGUGUGAUUAAGUUCCAAGGCGUCCUUGAAGAAGACGAGGAAGACACCUGGAGCGACAAGCUGUCUCCAGAGAAACUACACGAAAACAAGGCAUCUGAAAAUUCCGCUGGUCAAAGAUCUAAGAAGCAGGAAACAGAAUCGGCUGAAAAGAAAAAUCCCUCCUCGAACAAGCCCGAAAAUAGCGAGGGCAGCAAGGAGACUUUUAAAGAUGAACUAUGA